GGCGCUUCCGGGUGUUGUGGCGGCCCCGGCGCGGCGGGCGCAGCAUGAGGCGGGUGACGCUGUUCGUGAACGGCAGCGCCCGCAACGGCAAGGUGGUGGCUGUGUAUGGGACCCUCUCAGAUUUGCUCUCUGUGGCCAGUAACAAGCUUGGAAUCAAAGCCACCAGUGUUUACAAUGGCAAAGGGGGACUCAUUGAUGACAUUGCUUUGAUCAGGGAUGAUGAUGUUUUGUUUGUCUGUGAAGGGGAGCCCUUCAUUGAUCCUCAGACUGAUGGGAGAGCUCAGGAGGAGCUGACAGGGUCCCACACAGACUGGCUGACACUCAAUGUGGGAGGCAGAUACUUCACCACUACAAGGAGCACUUUGGUUAACAAAGAACCUGACAGCAUGUUGGCCCACAUGUUUAAAGAUAAAGAUGCUUGGGGGAACAAGCAGGAUCAUAGAGGAGCAUUCCUAAUUGACCGCAGUCCUGAGUAUUUUGAGCCCAUUUUGAACUAUUUACGUCACGGACAGCUCAUUGUAAAUGAUGGCAUUAAUUUGCUAGGUGUCCUGCAGGAAUCCAGGUUUUUUGGUAUUGAUUCACUUAUUGGACACCUGGAAAUAGCCCUGAAGGGAAUUUGUUGAGACCUGAAUGCACCUGCCCUGCUCUUGCAGGGGAUGUGUAAUUUCGUGCCGUCUGUGUCAGCUGUUGAACAACAUUCCCAACAGAAUUCCCAGCCAGCUGAGGAUCACUCUCCCAUCUCGAAGGAGUUUGUCUGGUUCCUGCUGGCAACACCCACCAAGUCCGAGCUGCGCUGUCAGGGCCUGAAUUUCAGUGGAGCGGAUCUUUCCCGCCUGGAUCUUCGCUACAUCAACUUCAAGAUGGCCAAUCUGAGCCGCUGCAACCUGGCCCAUGCCAACCUGUGCUGUGCCAACCUGGAGAGGGCUGACCUGUCAGGCUCUGUGCUGGAUUGUGCCAACCUCCAAGGGGUGAAGAUGCUGUGCUCCAACGCGGAGGGAGCGUCCCUGAAAGGCUGCAACUUUGAGGACCCAUCAGGCCUUAAAGCUAAUCUGGAAGGUGCCAACCUGAAAGGAGUGGACAUGGAGGGCAGUCAGAUGACAGGAAUUAACCUCCGAGUCGCGACGCUGAAAAACGCCAAACUAAAGAACUGUAACCUCAGGGGAGCAACGUUGGCAGGAACUGAUUUGGAAAAUUGUGACCUAUCAGGUUGUGACCUCCAGGAAGCCAAUUUGAGGGGCUCUAACGUGAAAGGAGCCAUCUUUGAAGAGAUGCUGACCCCCCUGCACAUGUCCCAGAGCGUCAGAUAGGGAAGAGAACACGUCAGAGAGGAAGGAAUCCAAACAUCUGUCGUGACUUUCUUCACCUCCUCCCCUUCCUGAGUUAGAAGUAAUGGUUAUUAGACAACUUCCAUUUGCAGUAGUGCCUAAGUAGGCUCUCUUUGAUCACUUUUGGGGAGGGAAUUUUUGUUUCAGAGGUGGAAACAGAGAGUUUCUUCCUUUGUGAAGAGAGUGAGGAAGUGGGCUGGUUCUGAAAGCAGAAAGUGGGGCUGGUUUGGGGGGGAGGGUUCAAGACUUUCAUUGUUUAGCAUUGCCUCACUUUGGAAUGCAUUUUAAUUUAUAAAGCACAAUAUAUGCAAUUCUAUUUAUUAAAUCUGUAGCUGCAAUAUGAAUAGAAAAUGUUAUUCCUGUAUAGUAGCAAACAAAGUUCAGGUUUACAGGUAGACAAGUGUAUUUACAGUCAGUGUCUUCAUUCCUGCAGGGUGUUAAUGCCAGGGGUGGUCACACAGUGCCCACAGGAUGUGUUCAGGUCUCUGCUGGGGUGGAAACAGUGGGGAACUGUCCUCAGAGGUCCUAAAUUGCUGUGGAGUUGGAGUGCAGGGUUAGAGCAGCUUUAUCCCCUCAAAUGUGCAGAGGAAGCUGCUGCCCCUGCAGGGACCUGCCCACAGCCUGGAUUGAGUUCCCCCUAGGAGAUCCCUGGGCAGAAAUGGGCUGUCUUAGUUAAUCCUCUCCAAAUGAGUGUGGAAUUGCACUAUCAAUCCCAGCUGGGAAGAAAAACUCCCCUGAUUCCACAUGUCCUGGCCACUCCAGACUGGAGUUCCUGUAGCUUUUUCCUUCUUUGUUGGGAAUUCAACGUACAGAGACAAACACAGAAGUGUCCCCAAAGCAGAGAGAAGCUCUGGGGCCACAGCACCUGCUCUCCCCUCCUCUCAUCCCUUCAGGAGAUGAAGAAAUGGCCCUGUUUCCCCUCAAUGUACUAUGCAAAUCCUCCUUGAAAGCAUGGGCAUAAUCCCAUUUCCCAGCCAGAUCCACUUUGGGCUGCCUAAAGUGGCUGUAAAAGCAUCUUGCCUGGGGCCAAGUGCCCCUUCCACACUUCCUUUACCUGUGGAAAAAAGCAGGGGAAGCUGUUUUUUGUGUGAGCCUCCCUUCCUGUGGGGCUGCCCCUCAGCAAAGGAGCUGCAGGAUCUGGGUAGUUUUCUCAGCUAACAUUUCUUUUUAGACACAAUCAAAAAGCACACGAAGAAACUAUACCAAAAAAAAUAGAAAAAAGGUGCAGCAAGAACUUACCUCAGAUGCUUAAACCACCCCAAAGUUCAGACUCACCUUGAAUCCUAAGGAAAUACAGCUGUUACAGUACAAAUACACAGGAAGAACCAGUGGAUCCCAAAACUUGGAGGGUGGUUGGAGUGUCCCAGGAGUUGGAGUUCCACAGUUCCUCAGUGGGUUGUGUCUCACUUUGCAGUGCAAUUUCCUGUCCUCCAGGCUUCUUGUCUCAGUUUGUUUGUUCCAAAAAUGCUGCUUUGCCACCAAUCUGGGAAGAUCAGUGAUUAUUCUGGAUCAGGAUAUGAUUGGGUUUGGGGGGGGGGAAUUGCAGGAUUCUCCCUUAUUUUCAAGUUGGCUCGACUCAGGCGUGUGACAUGAACAUCCAGGACUCAAAAUCCCGGGCUCAUGUGGUUCAGAAUUGGGAUUAUUUCCUCCAGAUCCCUCUGGAUCAGGCUCUAGGACACCACCAGAUCCUUGGUGAAGUGACCUAUAGAUUGAAGGGAAAUAUUCCAGUGUGAUUUUGGAGUCCUUUCUCCCACCUCAAGGCUUUCAGUGGGGAGUGAUGUGUGUGUUGCAGUAGGAGAAGAUUCCUAGGGCUAGAGAAAUAAAUGAAUUAUUUUUCUUUAUCAUAUUUUGUAGCUGGCAGAAGUAAAAUAUUGUAUGGGGGGGAAAAAUACUCUAUUUUCAUAAUCACUGUGUAUAAAAAUCUAUUUGAACUUUCACUGGAGCACUGUUGAAUAAUCACAGCACGUGGCAUCAUCAUUCACAGCUGAAUUCAAGGUACCUCUUUUGCUAUCACAGAGCUGGAUGAGGAGCCCAAAGUGGCCUGUGCAGAAAUUCCAGCCUAAUUUAAGUUGCAUUAAUAAAAGUGUG